CCGAUGCGGACUUAGAACCGCGAACGAGCUGCACUGCAUCGACCAGGGACCUCAGCGCAACUCCACCGAACGGUCAGUUCGCAGUAGUUCUUUGUCUCCGGUUCGGGUUAGAUCGCGAGUUCUCACUGUCCGGUGCUCCUGUUACCAGCCAGUCCGACUGCUCUGCAGGCACAGAAACGAACGUCAAUUUCUUUAUCGCACAAGGAAUCAAUCACUUUGCUUGCCACUGCUUUUGUCUGAUAAGCAUUUAGGUCCAUCAUCGGCUCGUCGUGGGCAGCGAGUCGUCUUCAAUCGUCUGCUGGACGGCGGUCAGAGUGGACGUUCUUGAAGUCGGUUUUCCGGGGUUCGAAUCAGCGAAAUUCUUAAGCAGUUAAACCAGACUCGCGAGUGAUUGACGGUCGGUUUCGUUUGAAGAUGAAAUAGUGAACGUCGGGCUGCUGUUGAUUUAAAGUGGUUAAUUCUCUUUGUGCUAAUUCGUUUGCGGAGAGCAAAACAAAAACGGAACUAGGUAGCAUACACAAACAGAGGACAACAAGUGCGCAAUAGCAACGAAACGAAACGAUGGAUAUACUGCAGCAAGAGGUGCGUGGUAUAGCCUUGACUACGAUCAGCACUGAUCAGAAUGGACCAGUUUACAACCCAACGACCGUACCGUUGAACCGAAAGGAUUCGCGAAACAUGGAGACGGGAAUGGUACUGAACAAUACCAAUCAUGGGCAUAACAACAACCACGGCAUUUAUCAGUCACACAACGACAUUGAGGCACUUCAGAUUCGGCCCUUCCAGAAUCUGCCACCGUGCGAACCGGUAGAUAUUCAAUUCAAGGAUAUUACCUACUGUGUUAGCAUGGGAUUCCGAAAAGGUCAAAAGGAAAUUCUACACAAUGUGAACGGAAAGUUUCCCGGCUCGCAGCUGAUCGGCAUCAUGGGCCCGUCCGGGGCGGGAAAGUCCACCCUGCUGGACGUGCUUUCCGGCUACCGGCGGACGGGCGUUGAGGGUGCGGUCUACGUGAACGGCCGGAUCCGCAACCUGAACAGCUUCCGGCGGAUGACGUGCUACAUCACGCAACAGGAUCAGCUGCAAACGUUGCUCACGGUGCUGGAGAAUAUGCGAAUCGCGGCUGACCUGAAGCUUAGCUCGGAUAUUUCCAAGCACGAGAAGGAAUCGCUGAUCGAAGACAUCCUGACCGUGCUCGGAUUGUAUGAGCAUCAACACACGAUCACCAGCCGAUUGUCGGGCGGUCAAAGGAAGCGACUCUCGAUUGCCCUGGAGUUGAUCAACAAUCCGACGAUUAUGUUCCUCGACGAACCAACAACUGGUUUGGACAGUUUCUCGUGCAACCAGGUUGUACUUCUGCUGAAGCAGCUUGCCAACCAGGGACGUACGAUCAUCUGUACGAUUCACCAACCGUCGGCAAAACUGUUUCAUGAGUUCGAUCAGGUAUACGUUCUGUCCAGCGGGGAAUGUAUGUACCAAGGUAGUACAGCCAGUUUAGUGCCAUUCCUUCAGUCCGUCGAUAUGCCAUGUCCGGUGUAUCACAACCCAGCUGAUUAUGUCAUCGAACUGGCAUGCGGCGAACACGGGAUGGAGAAAAUCCAAACGAUGGUUGGGGAGAUGGGCAACGGCGAGAGUACGGACUGGUUCGGCGAUAAGCGAAAGGUACUGAAGCUGGAGCAGCUUCGCAAAAAGUAUCCACUGAAGAAGAUCAUCGAACAGAGCGAUAAGCUGCACGCGACCUCUCAGUGGCACCAACUGCGUGUGCUAAUCAGUCGAGGGAUCAUCAAGGCGAAACGAGAUUCCACCCUGACGCAUCUCAGGAUAUGGGUUAACGUUCUGAUCGCUGCUAUGCUUGGUUUCCUGUUUAUCGAUGCCGGCAACGAAGGAUCUCGCGUUCUGGAUAACUAUAAUUUGCUGUUUUCGGUGCUGAUGCAUCACAUGAUGGCGACCAUGAUGUUGACGGUUCUUACUUUCCCGACUGAGAUGGGAGUCAUCCUGAAGGAACAUUUCAAUCGAUGGUACACACUCAAAAGUUACUACCUCUCUGUGAAUAUAAUCGAUCUACCUCUUUCGUUUAGCUGUUGCUUGGUUUUCACGUGCAUUAUUUACUUUAUGAGUGGUCAACCGAUGGAAGUGUUCCGGUUCGGAAUGUUCUUUGCCAUCAGCUUCCUGAUAGUGUUGAUUGCGCAAAGUAUUGGACUGACAAUUGGUGCCUGGUUCAACGUUGUGAACGGAACGUUCCUCGGUCCGGUGCUGUCCAUCCCGAUGAUGAUGUUCGCCGGUUUCGGCGUAACGCUGCGCGAUUUACCCGGCUAUCUGAAGUGGGGAACGCACAUCUCCUAUCUGCGCUACGGUCUCGAAGGUUACGUCAAUGCGAUCUACGGCGAAAACCGUGCCACCAUGGACUGCGAACUGAAACCGUACUGUCACUACCGGUACCCAGCUAAAUUCCUUUCGGAAAUUUCGAUGGAGGGCGAUCAAAUCGGAAAGGAUCUGUACGCGCUCGGGCUUACGCUGUUUCUGGUGCGUGGUCUGUGCUACUUUGCCCUACGCUGGAAGGUUAUGGCAGUACGAUGAGCCUUGAAUAUUUCUACGACUGUAGCGUGGGGGUCAUUUCUGCUACAAAGCGAUAGGUGUAAAUGAUUGAUGCCAAACUUGUUGCCAAAUUUCGAAAAGACAAAUACCAUUUCGACUCACUUGUAUUGUGUAUAUAAUGAUGAUAUUUUGCCAAUAGAUAGUGAUAUUUAUUUUGUAAGACAAUUUUAUUAUAUGCAUACUCCAGAU